AUGAGUGACCAGGAAGUAAUUUAUUUAACCCCAACAGAUCUUCGUUUUCCUUCAGAGUCACCAAAGAGAGUAAGGCCUGGUGGCAUCCAAAGGCCUGGGAAAAGUGAUGGCAAAGAGUUUGCAGUACCCUGGUGUCUCAUUGCAGUGACUCUUGGGAUCCUUUGUUUACUUCUGUUGAUUAUGGUCAUAGUGUUGGGAACAAUGAUUUUUCAGUGCAUUCAAGAAAAACAUCAACAGGAUGAAAUUCUACAAAACCUCAGGCUAAAGUACCACAUUAUGCAAAAUGACAACUUCACGAAGCAACUUUUGACAAAUAAGACUUUAUCAUGUGACAUUCUUAAAAUGCCUCAGCAGAUAAAGAAACCGGUCUCACUCUUAUCAGAAAAGAACAGCUGUCAUAGAAAAGAGAUGAGCUUUUCAAAAUCUAUGCAAAAUACAGGCAAACUCGAUAAGGAACACUGGUCCUGUUGUGGAAAAAACUGUUACUUGUUUAUCGAUGAAGAUAAAAACUGGAAUGGAUGUAAACAGGCUUGCCAAAGUUAUGGAUUAUCUCUUUUGAAGAUAGAUGAUGAAGAUGAACUGGCCUUCCUUCAACAGCAGACUUAUACAAAUAACUACUGGAUUGGAUUAUCAUAUAACGAAGGGAAACGUACAUGGGAAUGGAUUGGCAAUGGCACAUCUGGAAUUAAUCAUGCGAUAAUGAAUUUGACUUCUGGGAGAGGACAAUGUGCAUUUUUAACAUCAACGAGGUUAGAAGCCAUUGAGUGCUUGAAAACCUACAAUUGCAUCUGUGAGCACAACAUUUCCCCUGCUUUGGAUGCACUAAAAAGAAAAGGACAGUCUAAUUAAAACACAGAUGAGCAAGACGAUAAGAAAAUCCUCUUCUGGAUAAUGAUGUGGGAUAUCAGACAUCCUCGAUCUUCUUGGAGAAGAGGAGAUUUUUUGCCUUUGG